UAAAAGUUUUUGAAACUUCAAAAAGUAUUGUUUUCUUGAAUUUUUUUGAAAUAACUAUUUUAAAAUGGCUUUAUCAACUCACAUAAAAGAUCAGCCAUGGUAUUCACAAAUAACUAAUGAAAUAAACGAAUUCCGCGACUUACUUGACGAUAAAAUAACUAAACAACGAGAACAAAUAAAGGCAUGCAAAAAGAAAAAUGAACUAGACAGUAAAUUUGCACAAGAAAUUAAAUUGAAUUCAGAAUUGACGCGGCAGCUAGCCGAGUUGAAUCGUCGCGGGAGUGACCUCGAUAGAGUCUGCGGCAACUUUGAUUCUCUAACUAUUGCAGAAAGUGAUAAAAACAGGCUAGAUAAUGAUAAAGAGACAAUACAAGUGGCCAAGGAACUAACGGGGAUAAGAUUUGAUUUCUCUGCACCAACAAAUGUAGCUAAGGGAUAUAUGAAAAACGAAUUUCGAAGACUUUUACAGCCGUUUGAGAUAGAGAAUGGAGACAGCGAGACUCUCUGGUCUCUUAUACAGAGCACGACUCAAGACUGGCCUGUGGCGGAUAAGGAGAAUUUUAUACCUAAUAAAUAAUUUUCAAGUAAGAAAAGCC